UAUGGGUGCACAACAUAAUAUUUUUUACAAUGUUCUUGAGAGCACACAUAUAAUACAUAAAGAUACACAAUGUACAUUUUAUGGGCACAUAAAAUAUACACUAUGUGUAUUAAACCUAACACAGCCCAAUAAAGUCAGCGUGACUAUUUCCACUGGCGCCCCUGUUAGUUUACGUAUAUUGGCAUAUGUUGUACAUCAUUAAUGUCUUAUUUUAAUAUGUUGUACGUUGGUGGUGUUAUUGGUGGUAUAUAUGGUGGUGGUAUGCGGGGCUGUGGUGUGCGAGUUGGUAGUUUUUAUGGUAAUCGUGGUGGUAAUUUGUGUGGUAGCUGUGGUAAUGGUGAUGGUAUGUGUUGGUGUGUGUAUGGUCGAGAUGAUGUGUUAUGUUUGUGAUGGCAAUUUGAUGGUUUCACCACACACCAUGAAUUUGGUGUGUGUAGUUAUGGUUGCAUGUGUGUGGUGAUGGUGUGGUCAUGGUGACUUAGUGAAAAUAUUUGUGUUGAUAAAUGUACAUACAAAACUCUAGUGAAACACGUCACUACAAGAGUAAGGAUGCGUAAUGGCGGCAACACACUGACCUGUACUGAUCAGGUUUUGUACCCAAAAUCAACAUGCAUGAUAAAUGUAGCUGUUGAGGCAAGAAGUACAGCAUCGAGGCAGUAGCUGUGGUGAGGACUGUGCUGGUGGGGAAGAGGGGAGAGAGUCAGACCUGGGAGGGAAAGGGAGAGAGCCCGGGGGUCACAAUAGAGGGGUAAUAGCACUUUAAUAGAAUAAUAAGGGGUAGUCAGCCCUCAGGCAGUGCUGGGGUGCUACCCAGCAGCUCAGCCUCGGCCUGCCCUACCCCUCUACCGCUGCCCAUCCCUGCAACCUCCCCUCGUGGUGCAAGACUUGUUGCGCUCCAUACCCUAACGGCUGAGACUCCAUAGCAAAGGUAGCAACGAUAUCAAGGAACAGUGAACACGCAGUAGUGGUGGGGAGGAGGUGGUUUGAUGGAAGGGGAGGUGUGGUGCACGUGUGGGUGACGUCAGCAUGAGGGCUAGGCUCUCUCUCAUUGGUCCACCACGGCGCCAGUACCCUAAAAUGAGUCCCGCGCUCCUAUUGGCUGCCUGCUGACACCAAGAUGGCAGCAGUGCCCCUUCCAGCUGUGGGAUUGGCUCACCGAGGAGGAGGGUGGGGCCAACGGGGCCUAACAAGGAUAAUUGCCGUAUAUAAAGAAAAGUUGGUGGUUAGAUUUGAUCAAGUCGAUCUGAGCGCUUUGCCUUCCUGGCUAAAUUAGUGGAAGCCGGAGACCAAUUGAGACUAGUUAGUGCUGGCGUGGACGGAAUUGAGUCGGUGCGGGGAAAGCAGCACCGGCUGAUUACCGCCACAUUGUUCUCGUUACCCGCCAUUUCGGGGAUUGUGAGGCGGGGGGCUGCCAAUUGUGCCCAUUGGUGUUCCUUGUCGCCGGCCUAAGGAGUUCCCGACACCCUUAACUACCUUCAACCACCCUAACUCAGCCUACUCUAAUACUUCCUCCACCCGUACCCCGUCACCCAUGUUAAUUACCACCACUUAACUCGCAAGUGUACGGCGGUUUGCGCCGCCAACGCAGAGUGGCCACCGAGAUAAUUAGCUCAUUACGGAGAUCAUCCAUACAGCAUCCUUGGCCAUUAUGAACGGUCAGCCCAACUCAACUAGCCCCGCCAGUGUUGGAGGCAAUGUUGGAGUGAACGGUAGCGGUAUAGGGAAGAGUGUUGGUGGAGCCGGGUGUGGUGGAUGUGGAGGGGGCACCGGUGGGGGCGUUGGGGGUGGUGUUGGAGGCUCGGCCGGCACUGGUGGUACCUUUCACAGUAUCCAAGUAAUGCUUGGUCUCCCCGCUGACUUUAUGGUGGCUCCUUCCCUCGCCCCCAACCACAGGGAGUACCAGGAGGGCCUCAACACGCCCGUGCCGCACACCCACGCCAACACCCAUCCCAACACCCACGUCAACACCCACCCUAACACGCCCACGCCCCCACAACCCACUCACUACAACACGCAGAACCAGCACGCUCUUACAAAUCUCAACUCUCAAAACACACACCCGCACACGCCCUCGCACGCCCAAAACGCCCACUCGCACGUGCAAAACAACCACGCCCAGGCUCAACCAGCUCACGCCCACGCUCAUUCGCACGCCCACGCCGGUAGCUCCCUGGAGGCGCCCUUACCUGGGCCAGCGGUGGGGGAGAAGAGGAAGUUGGAUGAGGGGGGACCAUCCUACCCAGGACAGUCGGCCUCCACUCCACCUAACCAGUCCCAGCAACCUCCUAGCUCUACAGGAGAACCGUCUACCAAGAAGUCAGACUCUAAAUCUAAGAAAUCCUCAGACACACCUGGUGUGAAAAAAAAGAAAACGAGGACGACUUUCACAGCAUAUCAACUGGAGGAACUAGAACGAGCUUUUGAGCGAGCACCAUAUCCAGAUGUGUUUGCCCGUGAGGAAUUAGCAGUAAAACUCAAUCUGUCUGAAUCACGUGUUCAGGUGUGGUUCCAGAACCGCCGAGCCAAGUGGAGGAAGAGAGAACCGCCGAGGAAGAAUUAUAUACCACCAGGUGCAGGGGUGGGCCUUGGGGGCACUUUCAACUCUCUCAGCACCCUCUCCCCCUUCAAUUCUGGAGAUGCCUGGAGCUACUCCUCCUCCUAUGAUCCCACCCACCUCAACCUUUUGGGUCCUGCCUCCUACCCAUUCUCGGCCAAUCAUAACCCAGGAUAUAGCUAUCCCAUGCUCUCUCAGCCAAUGGGGAUCAACGAAUCCCUUUUUACGAAUCCCAUUGGCCAGAUGCGAGCGGGAGAUUUCCAGCCGUCGACAGUGCGGGAUUUCGGAAACGGCCCCCUCAAGACAUACGACUACCUGCAAGAGGUGAAGACAGAGGAUUUUCUCCACGAGAAGAGGGAUGCCAACAUGAACAGCGUCCGCCACCAACCGGCCCCAAAGGAAAACAAGGAUUCUUCUUGCAUCAUGCUGCCUUCUUUUUUAAGCUAAAUCAGGAGCUUCGAGCGAUGAAGAGGGCGCGCCUCCAGGAGGACGCCCAGGCCUACGAAGCUCAGAUAUCCCAGGCCUACACCCCCAUCGUGGCUCCACCCUCCCAAUCCAUCAACCAGUCGCCUGUCAUGUCUGCAUCUGUAGCACCACCCCAGUCUAUCGUCAGUCAAUCAGCAGGUAACCCCACAGCACCACCACCACCAAUGGUCAGUCAAUCACCAGUAAUGCCCCCAACAGGCUCUGCCCGUUCAAUUCUUUGCUGUGACGACACAGGUUACGAUGUUGCCAGCAGUCAUACCUCCUAUGACCAGCCUGGUAGCUCUGUCCACAAGUACAACACCCCAUCCACUCUCAAGGUGCAGCAGCAGCAACAACACCACCACCACCACCCCCCACCUCCCCUUGAUGAUCCACUGCCACCCCCACCACCUCCAUCAUCCCACAAGUAUAACCUACCACCACCACACCAACAAAAAUAUGAUGUACCCCCACCCACCUCUACAACUACCCACGAGUAUGAUCCACUACCCCCACAGGUGCCUGUAGCCGGUGACGAGGAGCCAACCCUGGUGUACCCGAGCAUGGGCACGGGACCCCUGACAGACCCCACACCUAUGGCUGAUGCCUCCCUCACUUCUGGCUACUUUCCACAUUAUACCUUGGAUCCUCAGCCUAGCCUUGACACACAGGACCCCCUCGACUACAGUGUCCUGGAAGCUCUCUUUGACAGCUCUUCCUAUCCACCCUCUGCUGAUGUUGGCACUCCUGACAACUACCAUGACUACCACCACUACUAAUCUAGUGUUGGCACCCCAUUACAUUACUCCCAAUAGACAAUUGUUGGCACCCCUCACAGUUACGACUAAUAGUUUGGUGUUGGUAACAGUGACAUUCACUAUCACCACUACUAGCUAUGGUGGCACACAUGAAACCCACAAUACUAGAAAAUUGUUGGCACUCAAGAAUCCUGCAUAAGGUGUCAACAUUACAAGCCCAGGGCUAUCUUUACUGUCCCCACACAAUUCUACUUUAUUAGUUGAUAUUGGCAGCUUAAUUUUCAUAAUAAAUACCAACAUUGCAAAUAUUUCUUUUCCUAUCAUAAUUGAUGAUAGGAAAAGAAAUAUUUGCAUAAUUGAUGACAGGAAAAGAAAUUUUAUUAAAUAAGAAAAAUCAGUGUUACCAAGCUUUGCAUUACUAGUCUAAUGUUAAACACAUUGGCUAGCAUUAUCAAUAAAAUCCAUAUACUCUUCUAUACUAAUAUCUUUUUCUAAUAGAACCACUAGGUAAGUAUAACUAGGUAGUGUCUGUCUCACAAUAAGUUGACAGAUAAUCAAGCCUCCACCACUCCUUGUGCUGACCCACAUAACAGAAUAACAUCCUUCCUUCACUGUCAAGAUCAACUGGUAUGGUAUAAUAUGUCAUAGAAUUCAGCACACUGUCACCAACCAGUUUCCGAUAUGCAACCCGUCCUUCAACCUAAACAGUGUGUGAGGCUGCCAGAUACUGGCAAUUCUGCUGUCAAGAAUAACCCACCUAUUAACAGAAUUUCAUUAUUGGUGAUCAACUAAUGUACACAUAACUAUAGAUUAAUUUAGGAUUUAUUAGGUUAUGUUAACCUAGUCUUCAUUUAGGCUAGGCAGAAAUUAACACACUAAAAUAGAUUUUAAAACAAACUUAGUAUGUGGAGGAUGGAUUGUUUGACAACUUGGACUAAGGGCUAACACUACUGUACCACUGAGCAAGAUACAUGCAAGUUUAUUACCUUUAGCAACGAGAUGCUUCACCUGUUCAGCAGUCUUCUCAGUUGAGAUGCAGUAGCAUCUCUUCUAUAUUUUGACUAGGAGGCUUGGUCAAGGACUGGACCAUGGGGAAGGAGGGGGAGUUUGACCCCCAGAACACCCUCCAGGUAGGUAGACUGCAGAACAGGUGAAGCAUCUCAUACAUGGAGUAUACCUAGAAGGUGUUCCAGGGGUCAAUGCCCGUGCAGCCCAGUCCAUGAUCAAGCCUGUUGCACAUGAGUCUUUCUUGCCUACUUGUCAGUAUUCUAUACCAUUAAUAUGAUAAUACUUGUGUGCUACACCAACAAACCAAUACCAACACGGCUCCACAACAUUUCCAGUUUACCAAGAUGAAUCAUCAGUGCCAUCGUGUCACUUUGUGAUGUAUAAGAAACUAUGUUUUAGAAUUAAGUGUGUAUGAUUUUGGCAGACUCAGUUGGAUAUACAUGAGCAUAUAUAUAUUUUUCCAGGAUUAUGUGUGUUUGUAAUACAAAUCAGUAAGUGUAUGAAUUUUAGAAAGUAUUUUUUUGACAAAAGUUUGUUUAUAUAGCCGCCAUAUUCUCAAACCAGUAUGUUAUCUUUACUUCUUUUUAAAUUUUUUUUUUUUUGUACCUAAUGCCAACAGAAAUUUUGAAUAUUUUUAUUUUUGUAACAAUUACCUCAGACUUUUGAAAACAUAAAUCAUUUUAGUUUAAAGUUUAGUAUCAGCACGUUUUCCGCCACGAAACUGUUUGCAUCUAGUGCGUUUUUCUUAGUUAGUGUUUAUGUUCCAUUUUUUUAUAUUGGGAAAAAAACAAAAGGUGAAGCCAAAAAAAGUAUGUUAUAUUAGGUUUAAAAGAAAUUUUAUGAGCAGCUAAAAAAAAAAAAAUUAUAUGCCAUUUGCUGUACUGUACUUCAUAAGUAUAUGUAGUCGACGCUUUUGCUCAGUGCCAGAUGUAAAUGUUUACUUGUUAAGGGUUAUCAUAGCUGUUAUUUAAAUGUCAUUUGCAAACUGUUAACUUUUGUUUAUGACAGUUAUUCAAGUGCCAAGUUUAAACUGUUUACUUGUUUGACAAUAACGGUUAUUAAACAGUCAUAUUCUUACUGUUUAGUUGUUCCCAAUAAAAAUUAUUUAAUAUACAGUACUCUGAACAAAUAA